GCGUUCGUAAGUCGUUGCAUGUUGGCUUCUGUUCUUUCCGUAAAGUGAGAAGAAAACAGGCGGGUUGAAUUAUGUCUUUGGCAGACGAGCUGCUUGCGGAUUUGGAGGAGGCAGGAGAAGAGGACGGGCUGUAUCCCGGCGGAGAAGAGGGAGAGAGUGAUGGAGAGCCCGGAGAGAGACAGGUUGAUGGAGGACUGGAGGACAUCCCGGAGGAGAUGGAGGUGGAUUACAGCAGCACGGAGAGCGUCACGUCCAUAGCUAAACUACGACACAGCAAACCGUUCGCUGAAAUCAUGGAUAAAAUCAGUCACUAUGUUGGAAAUCAACGCAAGAAUUCAGAAGUGUCUGGACCGGUUGAAGCAGACCCAGAGUACAGGCUCAUUGUUGCCGCCAACAAUCUGACGGUGGAAAUAGACAACGAGCUUAAUAUCAUUCACAAGUUUGUUCGUGACAAGUACUCCAAAAGGUUUCCUGAGCUGGAGUCUCUGGUGCCAAAUGCACUGGACUACAUCAGAACUGUUAAGGAGCUGGGCAACAAUCUGGAAAAGUGCAAAAACAAUGAGACCCUUCAGCAGAUUCUCACCAAUGCCACCAUUAUGGUGGUCAGCGUCACAGCCUCUACCACACAAGGAACGAUGCUUGGAGAUGAUGAGCUCCAGCGAUUGGAGGAGGCCUGUGACAUGGCCCUUGAGCUCAACCAAUCAAAACACAGGAUCUAUGAAUAUGUGGAAUCCAGAAUGUCAUUCAUUGCUCCGAAUCUUUCAAUUAUUGUCGGAGCUUCAACUGCUGCAAAGAUCAUGGGUGUUGCUGGUGGUCUGACUAACCUGUCCAAGAUGCCCGCAUGUAAUCUGAUGUUGCUGGGAGCGCAGAGGAGAACACUGUCUGGAUUCAGCAGCACAUCUCUGCUGCCCCACACAGGCUACAUCUACCACUGUGAUGUAGUGCAGACUCUGCCUCCAGAUCUAAGGAGGAAAGCAGCUCGUCUGGUUUCUGCUAAAUGCACUCUGGCUUCUCGCGUGGACAGUUUUCAUGAGAGCGCAGAUGGCAAGGUUGGCUAUGAUUUGAAGGAAGAGAUUGAGAGGAAGUUUGAUAAAUGGCAGGAGCCUCCACCAGUCAAGCAGGUCAAGCCUCUUCCAGCUCCUCUGGAUGGACAGAGGAAGAAGAGAGGAGGAAGAAGGUAUCGUAAGAUGAAAGAAAGACUGGGACUGACUGAGAUCAGGAAACACGCCAACAGAAUGACGUUUGCUGAGAUUGAGGACGAUGCCUAUCAGGAGGAUCUGGGCUUCAGUCUCGGUCAGCUGGGAAAAUCUGGCAGUGGCAGAGUCAGACAAGCUCAGGUCAACGACUCCACCAAAGCCAGAAUAUCCAAAUCUUUACAGAGGACACUGCAGAAGCAGAGCAUGACGUACGGAGGCAAGUCUACAGUGAGAGACCGAUCGUCUGGAACCAGCUCCAGCGUGGCCUUCACUCCUCUACAGGGGCUGGAGAUUGUGAACCCACAGGCUGCAGAGAAGAAGGUGGCUGAAGCCAAUCAGAAAUAUUUCUCCAACAUGGCUGAGUUCCUCAAGGUCAAGCGUGAGAAGGAGGACAAGGUCUGAGACGACGGCGGCGGCGCAUCAGACAUGCAGUGACAGCCAUGGAUAAAUUAGCAGAUGGACUUGUGUGGGGACGGUGACAUCAUGAGGAUUGCUGUCAUGCACAUUUUGUACAUUUGGUUUUCUUUUUGUAUUUCAUCAAACAAAGGUGUUUAAUGCUGUCUAUAUAGAACAGAACAUUGUAAAUGCAAGUUUUCAUUUUAAGGAAUUUUUUAUUUUUAUUUUGACAAUUACAAACAACACUGAGUGAAUAAAGUUGCUCAUCUAGUUGGA